CAAUUUUCCUCCAGUAUAAUCGGCAUCUCUCUGGAGUCUGGACACAGCAAUGAAUCGCUUAAAGCAAGCCCUUGGAGCUUCAUCUUCUUCAAUUUCAUGGAAACCUACUGGAAAACUUCAACAAACAAUAUCUUCAAAGAUUGAGAAAUCAGGGAAGACACUUCAUUCAGGUGAUACUUCAACUGUAAAAUUACUUCCAGCUUUAGCAGGAGAAGGUAGAUACUUCGUAUAUGGUGAUACGAAAAUUCCAGCAAAAAUUGAUUUCACUAAAGAUUCACCUCUUUGUACAACACUCUCAAGAAAUGGAAUUAGAGUUAGAACUGUUGAACAUUUGCUUUCUUCCCUAGAAGCUCUCAAUGUUGAUAAUUGCAGAAUUGAAGUCACUGGGGCUGAUGAGGUUCCUUUGUUAGAUGGGUCUGCUAAGGAAUGGGUUGAAGCAGUAGAGAAAACUGGUUUAUCUGUUUGUAAAGAUGACAGUGGUAAUACUAAGGAGAAAUUGGCACCUAUUAUAAAUGAACCUGUUCAUGUCUGGAGGAAUGAUUCUUUUAUUGCGGCAUUUCCUUCUCCGAAAAGUUGUAUUAGCUAUGGGAUUAAUUUUCCUCAGGUACAGGCUAUUGGAUGUCAGUGGGUAUCUUCAGUUAACAUGGAUGAUGAAUCUUUCUAUGUGAAGGAAAUUGCUUCUGCAAGAACGUUCUGCGUUUAUGAAGAGGUGGAAAGAUUACGUGAAGCUGGACUCAUUAAAGGGGGAUCAGCUGAAAACGCCAUAGUUUGUAGUGUAAGUGAAGGUUGGUUGAAUCCACCUUUGCGCUUCAGUGAUGAGCCUUGCCGGCACAAGGUGUUAGAUCUGGUGGGGGACCUAUCUCUUCUUGCAGAGGAUGGUAAUCAAGGUUUUCCUGUUGGACAUAUUGUUGCUUAUAAGGGAGGUCAUUCUCUACACUUGGAAUUUGUUCGCCGUUUGAUGGGUAUUUCAUUAGAGGAAGUCUCCACCAGAUGCUGAACUGACAUAGCAGGCCUAAGGGUGCACACGGUACGGUUCGGCUCGGUUCUUGCCGAGACCGAGUACCUGUACCUUACACCCUUCGGUACCAAAAAAAUGGACCGGUCCCGGUACCGAGUACCUCGGUUCCGGUUCCAUUUUGGACCGGCCGGUUCCGGUCGGUACCGGUACCGGUUCCGGUUCCAUUUCAGGGGAAAAAAAAAAAAAAGAAGAAAACCAUCUGCUUAAAGAAUCUCACAAACCUGCACAUUCUCCUUUCCCAAGUGGAAUAAGCCCAUUUGUGUAUCCUUGAGACAAGUCUCUUGUGUUCCUUAGAUGUGAAACUCCAAAAAUCUGACCUUGCUCACUGUACGUACAUUAGAAAAGAAUAUUAAAGUCUUUUUACAA